UCAGUGGGUUUGGAUUUUUGAGUUUUUAGGAUUUUUCUUUUUUUUUUGGUUAAGGGGCUUUUAUAACAUUUUUAGAAACCCAAGCUUGGGCCAGGGUGAGAAAAAGAGUUUGGUUAGGUUCUGGGUCGGGUUUCCAAAUUUUAUUUGGAGUGGAUUUCUGAGUUCGGGUCGAAAUUAGUCCAUGUAUCGGGUCGAGUUUUAACCAUGGACAUCCCUGCUCUGCAGCUACUAUUCACCGCAUAAACUGGACACUGGCACAAAGUAAUUACAGUUUUAGGGGAGUUUUUUUUGUAAAAAUUUUUUAUCGGAGCCGGCGAUCACUUUUCCAUCUGUUCCCUCAUCUACUACCUUUCCUUGUCAUUAAUCAAACAUUUUCUUUUAAAGGCACGCUUCACUCCAUUAAAUGUUAGACAACCUAUAAACAAUAUUUCUUCUUCUGGAAAUCGAGGGAGAACGCUUGGUUAUGCGUUACAAAUUCCUUCUUCAACGCCCUCGCAGCACGAAAGUAGAAAGACGGCGGCUACAACAAAUAAUGCACGAUGGGUUAAAUCUCCCUUAUUCACUUAGAUUUAAGUUUCUUUUCUUUAAUCUUCCUUCAUCUUUUUUCCCCCGUCUUUAUCAUUCCUAUCUUCUUUCACAUUCUUCGUCGUCAUUUUUCCUUUACAUCCAUCUCUUCUUCAUCCUUCCGUUCCAUCCUUCCUUCAUUUUUUUCAUCCUUGAUCUUCAUUUUCGUCCCUUAUCUUCAUUCAUCCUCCUCCUUUCAUUUGCUGAUUCUCCAUAUCCCCAAAUCUACAGCUCCUCCAUUCUUCUCUUUAAAAUUAUUUUACAAAAUUUUUGUUAUAUUUGUCUGUCUCAUUUUUUUAAUUUUUGACGCGUCAAAAUUUUUUUUUAAUUUUCC